AUGAAUAAUAUUAGUAAUAGUAAUAAUGAUAGUGAUAGUACAUCUUCAUUGUCAUCACCAUUGUCAGAUCUGUCCUACUACCAACAGGACCAAGACUUAGCCUUGGUUCCAAUGCCCCAAACAACCUACUACAUGUCCUCACUUGAUCAGUUGCCAGAGACCACCAACAUCGGACUCGGACUCGGACUCCACAAUCACAACCACAACAACAACAAUGACUCCACAACCAAUAUGUUGUUGACUGAUGAGUUGCAAUCCAUUAUAUCUGGACAACAGCAACAUACCACGGUCAACACCAUCACUGGUGACCAUAAUGGAUGUGCCAUUAUUGGUAACGCCAAUCACAACAACAACCAAAACAACAACAAUGAUAACAUGUACUCAUACAUGCCUUUUGACAUGAGCCAGCUGUAUCCAAGCUCCAACAGCUACUCAAUGAGCAAUCCCGAGUUAACAUAUGUCCAACAGCCUCUGGACAUCAUCCCCGCCACCAUCAAUAUUGGCAACAACAACAACAAUAGUGGCAGCAAUAUGAUGUACCAUCCCACCACGGCCGCCGCCAACACUGUUUGUCCAAGUGCUGCCGCUUCCUCCAUGUCAUCCCCCACCGACACCAGCAGUGAUGAUUGGAUGUCCCAUCACCAGGUGUUGUCCAAUGCCAGCAGCAAUGUUCCCACCACGCCACCCCUGACCCCAACGCCCACGUCCUCGCCCAGCGAGCCAAUGGAGUGCCCUUACUUCUUCCACUGCUCCCCAACCAUCUACGCCUCCAAGAAGAAGCAGAGCAUUGGUGUGUUCCUUUACUACAAGAGCGACACGAACCGUCUGUGCAUGGACCAUCCACCCCUCCAGCUGAAGCUGGACAGUGUGUUCCCGCACUGGAUCCCCAGCCCCUUCACUCGCAAGGAAAACAAAGAGAAGGACCAGCGCCCACUCGAGACCAUCAAGUCAUGCUUUGACCUGACCACACUGAUGGAGCGCGGCCAGGCCGAGUUCCCCGCCAUCCACUUGCCAUACACUGGCGUCUACAAGUUGCAGUGCUCCGUGAUCAUGAAGCCACUACCCAAUCAGCAGGAGCUUGUGUUCAAGGAUCUGAAUCUUGUCUUUGAUGUCAAGUACUAUGGCAUCUCCAAGAAAAAGAACACACCAGGUAGCGGCGCCUCCUCCUCAUCCUCUAGCGACGAGGUUGAUUGUGGAGGUGUAUCAUCUGGAUCCAAGUCCAAGGGUUCACCAACAUCAUCACCACAAUCAAUAUCCCACAUUUAUGUCAAGUCCAAUGAGUCAUUGUCAUGCUAUAUAUCCAGAUUACAAGAGUCUGGUGCCAACUGGUCAGAGUUGGACAAGGUGUAUGAACAGUACAUGAAGCAAUAUGAGAACGAUCCCAAGAUAUACUCUGACCUGAUGAUUGAGAAGGGUAUUGGCUUCACCUUCACCGGUGACUUUUCCAAGUCAUUCGAGAUGAUGGACAAUGCCCUAACACUUCACUUCUCUUUGGAGAAUUUGUUCAAAGUUAGUUACCUCAAGUCGGUAAUAUAUAGAUAUCACAAGAAUUAUACUGCAUCCAAGUUACAUCUGAAUACAUGCAAGUUCCUUGAGAAAAAGAUGGACUUGUCCUCACUCCACCGCGGCCAAUACUACUACAACCAGGCCGCACAUGAUUAUGACGAGUUCAUGGUAAACAGAGUGGCCAAACAAAUCAAUCCAGUUACCAAGCGCAAUCAGAUAUUGGACCUGUUUAAGAAGGCAUGCGACCAGUAUACCAAGGACAAGAAUGAGAGCUGUAUGAGUGAGGGUGACUCUGGCGACGAUGAUGACGACAAUGUCAACGCCAGAUGUGUCAAUGGAAUAUACCGCGCACACAUCCGCUCGGCCCAGACCAUGAUGGGCUCGUCCACACAAGUGAGCAAGGACGACUUGGACAAGGCUGAGUCAUACCUCCUGCGCAUCCCCGACAUCAAGGCCAAGUCCUUCACACAGCGCACACUCAUCCACUUGCUCUUUACCCGUGCCGACCUGUUGUUUGCCAAGGCCAUGCAGCUCAACUCGAGCAUGAACCGCAACGAGUCCGACAUCCACGACUGUCUGCAAAAGUCAUUCUGCUGCACCAACGAGUCCAAGUCAAUCGCCACCAAGUUGGGCUUCCCCCAGGAGUUGCGCUACACCAAUGACCGUCUGCUCAAGCUAUGCUCAUUCCCCAACCAAGCUGUGAUCAAUCGUUUGAUCGGACUGAAUCUCAUCAAGUCGCCCUAUGUCCAACAAAUGUUCAACAUGUCUCCAAACAUCGAUGCAUCGCUGGUUGGCAAAUCAUCAUCAAUGCUGCCACUUCCACAACCUCCACAACAACAACUUCAGUUGACCAAUCAUGCUCAUCAACAAGUGUCUCAGUCUCAAGUUCCAAUUCACACACAAACUCAAACCCAAACCCAAACCCAAACUCAAACCCAAACUCACAUCCCCACCAACAACAACUCCAACUCCAACUCCAGCAAUAGCAAUACUAAUAAUAAUACCAUUAGUAUUAGCAAUAGCAAUAACAAUAGCAAUAACAAUAGCAAUAAUACAUAUAACAACAACUUCUUCUUUACCACCGCUACUCCCCCUCCUCCCGCCCUCCACACAUCCUCUCCUGUUGUUCCUCCAGCAGCACCAACAGCCAAGUUAAUACAUCCAGAAGUGAUCAACUUCCUCAAGAUGCAAACACAACAAUACGUCCAGCAGCAACAACAACAACAACAGUUGUUAGUUAACCAACAAGUUCAUCAACAACAACAACAGCAUAACAACAAUGUUCAGUUCCAACAAACUUCCACAUUGUCCUCUUCAACCAACAACAACAAUAACCUUGCGCAUUCAACAUCAUCAUUCUACACUCCACACCAUCAACAACUUCAUCAUCAACAACAACAGAUGUUGUAUAGUGCAGAGUCCUACACCACAACCAACUCCUACUGA